UGGGGCAGUUCAGGUUUCUGUGGCUGUGAUUCUGGUCCAGACUACGUCCUCUCUUCCCUCUCUGGAUGCUUUGGCGCUGGGUGGGCAGCUGAGAGCGGCUAGCCGUCAUCAGACCUCUGCUGUUUUCAGCUUCGGACAUUAUCCACUGACACCUGCCAACUUAUUGGAUGGAGCACUUGUGACACAACUAAUGCUUUCUUCUGCUGAUUCACCUUAAACUACCAAAGUUUGGAGAUCUGCUCCUGGUCAAUGUAUAUUGCACUAACCUCAUCACCACCAGAAAUGAAUGCCAACAGUAUGCCUAAACAAGUGGAGGUGAGGAUGCAUGAGAGCCACCUGGAGCCCAUCGAGGCGAGGCCCCGGUCCAAAUGUGCCCAAAUCUGCUCCAAAAUGUUCAAGAACCUCCUGCUCACGCUCACAGUCCUUGGUGUGAUCCUGGGAGCUGUAGCAGGGAUGCUGCUGCGUGUUGCCUCUCCAAUUCAUCCGGAUAUUGUCAUGGUGAUUGCCUUUCCUGGAGAUAUUCUGAUGAGGAUGCUGAAGAUGUUGAUCCUGCCUCUCAUUAUCUCCAGCUUAAUCACAGGGCUUGCUGGCCUGGAUGCCAAAUCUAGUGGUCGCCUGGGAACCAGAGCUAUGGUUUACUACAUGUCCACCACUGUUAUUGCUGCUGUCCUGGGUGUCAUCCUGGUGCUAGUCAUCCAUCCUGGCAACCCCAAACUGAAGGAAAAUCUGGGCGAGGGCGAGAAAAACGAUGAUGUGUCCAGCUUGGAUGCCUUCUUCGAUCUGAUAAGGAAUCUCUUCCCAGAAAACCUGGUGCAAGCCUGCUUCCAACAGAUCCAAACAGUCACAAAGAAAGUUGAGGUGGUUGUGGAGGAGGACGUUAAUGUCACCACUGUGGAGGGCCUGGUGGCUAACAUUACCAAGGAGCCACAGUUCAUCAUCAAAAAGUCACUUCAGUUCAAAAGUGGCAUGAAUGUCUUGGGUCUGAUUGGUUUCUUUAUUGCAUUUGGCAUCUGCAUGGGCAAGAUGGGAGAGAAGGCCAGACUCAUGAUUGAAUUCUUCAAUAUCCUCAAUGAGAUUGUGAUGAAACUUGUCAUCAUGAUCAUGUGGUACUCUCCCUUUGGUAUUGCCUGUCUGAUUUGUGGCAAGAUCAUCUCCAUUAAGGACUUGGAGGUGGUGGGCAGGCAACUUGGCAUGUACAUGGUGACUGUGAUUAUUGGUCUGAUCAUCCACGGCGCAAUCUUCCUGCCCAGCAUUUAUUUUGUCAUCACAAGGAAAAACCCCUUCACCUUCUUCUUGGGAAUCUUCCAGGCCUGGAUCACUGCUCUGGGAACAGCUUCCAGUGCUGGCACACUUCCUGUCACAUUCCGUUGCCUGGAGGAGAAUUUGGCCAUUGACAAAAGAGUCACUCGUUUUGUGCUCCCAGUAGGUGCCACCAUCAAUAUGGAUGGAACUGCUCUCUAUGAGGCUGUGGCGGCCAUCUUUAUUGCCCAGAUGAAUGGUGUGAAUCUUGAUCCUGGUCAGAUUGUCACAGUCAGUCUGACAGCCACCCUUGCCAGUGUUGGAGCAGCCAGUAUUCCCAGUGCCGGCCUUGUGACUAUGCUGUUGAUCCUUACCGCUGUUGGCUUACCAACCCAGGAUAUCAGUUUGCUGGUUGCUGUUGACUGGUUAUUGGAUCGUUUCAGGACCUCAGUGAAUGUGGUGGGUGACUCCUACGGUGCAGGGAUUGUGUACCACCUGUCCAAAGCUGAGCUGGAUGAGCUGGAUGCGCACACGGCUAAAUCAGACGACAUCGAAAUGAUGACAAAGACCCAGUCCUAUUAUGACGACAUGAAGAACCACCACGAGAACAAUUCCAACCAGUGCGUCUUAACCCCAACUUCUUCUACAGCUGCUACUGCCAAUGCUAACAAUUCUGUCUUAGUAGAUGAAUGCAAGGUAACCUCAGCCGCUAACGGUUCUGCUGCGGAGUGCACGCUUGUUGAGGAGGAACCAUGGAAACAUGAAUAAUGGCAGCGCAGAGGUCCCCCUGCUCCUGGGCUCCACGAGCUUUCCUAUCUGGUGAUAAAACAAGAAGAGUGAAUGAAAAGUCACAUGAACAGAACUACUAAUGUUUUUUUUUUAUGUAGUUUUAUUUUUUUUAUUCUUAGUCCCUUUAAGAAGUUUUUUGUAUUUUGUCCAUCUGACUGGUAUGCUACACUAAUUCACAUAACCGUGAACUAACAACAGAGGUAUACCUCACCUGUUAGAGCCACAUCCUGUAUACCAGAUACUUGCACUACAUACUUCAAGGCUUGGGAAGGGAAGAAAGAGAGAAUUAUUACUAGAUAUUUUUUCUUAGGAGUACAGUUCAGUUUAUGUUUAUAUGAAAAGCAACACAGUAGUGGUGCAACACACAUGCACUGAGGGUAUCUUCUAUAUUUUAUAAAGAUGGCUCCUUUUUCUGAGUGGGAGGAUGAGUGGGAACCACACCAAUAAUUGAUACAACUGAUUUUAACUGCGUUGAACAUGCUGUAUUUACACCUUCAUGAAAAUCUCUAUGGUACAUCAAUUUACAAUUAUCAAGUACUCUGAUCAAAGGAAAAUCCCUCUGAGCCUCUUCACAUACAAGUAUUAUCACAAAGCACAAAUUAUUUCCACAAACCAGGAUUUGUUUCCCCUCUUCUUUUUUUUGUCUUCUGUGAAGAAAAUUGACAUUCUUCUUUCACGUGUUGAGAGAGAUUUUAAAACUAAUUUAUUUGUGUCAAGAAAGCAUGACCAAGUCAAGAAUAGGGACCAAACAGGCAUAAAGUCAACCGGCUAACAGAAGCC